AGAGCUAAGGUAGCCCUAUGGGCCUUUGUAGAAAAGUCCUAAAACCCUAAACGCACUUCCUCGCGAGCAAGCGCAGCUGGCAUAGGAGGCUAGGAGGGGCCCGAUCCUCUCCUCCUCCUCCUCCUCCUCCGUUGCCAUGCCCAAGGUGGUGUCCCGCUCCGUGGUUUGCUCCGACACCCGCGACCGGGAGGAGUACGACGACGGCGAGAAGCCCCUGCACGUCUAUUACUGCCUGUGCGGGCAGAUGGUGCUGGUCCUGGGUGAGCAUAGAGAGCCGGGGCAGGGGCGGCCCCGAUCCCGCAGCCAGGGCUUCCCUUCUCCGCUUCCUCCAUUUCAAUCCCACGCCUUCCACCUAUCCGGGGCUCUGGGUUUAGCCGGCGCGGUUCUUUCCCGCGACGACCCUGCGAGGUAGGCUAGACAAAGGCAGGCAGGCUUAAAUUUCAGCGAUGCUGCUGUGUCAACGGCCGCGGACUUCCUUCUUCUCCACCCCCACGAAGGGGUUCCGGGAUCUGCAGUUUGUUCAAGGCGCUGCCGUCGGGUGGGGGUGUGGGGUGAGCAAGAACCUCAAUAAUCGGAUUUAUUUGGGCGCUGCUGAGACAUCUGGCGAGGCCUGUUCCCAUCUUAGUGCUAUAAUCAUAUAUUUAUUUAGCUCGUACACACCGCCCUUCAUCCAAAGAUCACAGGGCGGUUCACGACAUAAAAAUGCAAAAUAUGGACCCAGGAAUGGUUUGGUAAAUAUACCCCGCCCCCCACCAGGAGGCAGACCCUAUUUUCUACUUUCGUGCCCAAAUAAAUCGUAGAGUCUUGGACCCCUGAGGGUAAUCUAGUCCAACCCCCUGCAAUGCAGGAAUCUUUCGCCCAACAUGGGGCUUGAACCCACAACCCUGAUGUUAAGAGUCUCAUGCUCCACCAACUGAGCUGUCCCAGAGGUUGGGUGCUUGUCUGUCAUAGAUGCUUUAGUUGAGAUUUCCUAAUUGCAGAGGGUUGGACUAGAUGACCCAUGGGCUCCCUUCCAACUCAGCGGUUCUGUGUGUUCAAUCUCUGUCCCUGUGUUUACAAAUAGUCAGUCUGUUUAUUUAUAGUUAUUCACAUGUAAAGUUCAGCAGCUGAACUAAUAAAAACAUGUACACUUGUACAUUUGCAGAGAUACAUUGCACACAUUCGGUGUGAACAGGCCUAUUUGUUCUAUGGGGGGAACCUUUCUAUCUGUAUUUUCUACACCAUGAACAAUUUUAUACACUUCUCUUUUAUUGUUCAUUGAGUUCAGUGGGACUUAGGUCGCCUAGGAGCUGUAUAUUUAAAGCAGUAUCGUGCCAUUUUAAACAGUCGUAUUUCCCCAAGGAAUCCUGGAAACUGUAGUUUCCCAAAGGUACUGAGUUGUUAGGAGACACCUGUUCCCCUAUUCACAGUACUACAGUUCCCAGAAUGGUUUAAUAAUGAAUCCCUCUUCCCAGGGAACUUGGGAAUUGUAGCUCUGGGAGGGCCUUCUAACAACCUUCAGCAUCUGCAACAAUGUUCUGCUUUCACUGUUGGGUAAACAUUUGCGUGUUUUUAAAAAUAAUAAUAAUAAAAUUGCGGGGAAAGGAAUAAUAAAGACCUACUUUAUAAGUUGCUGUGAGGGUGAAAGUACAUUUUAAAUAUAUGGAAAUUUGUAUUUUCUUCCCAGUUAGCUUACUAAAAACAGAUGACCCCAAGGGCCUUUAGCAGGACAGAAUUUUGUCCUUAUGUGGUGAAAAACUGCCCCUAGUCUCUGUGUUUCUGCAGAUUGUCAGCUGGAGAAGCUGCCCAUGAGACCUCGAGACAGGGCCCGGGUGAUUGAUGCGGCCAAACACGCCCACAAAUUCUGCAACACUGAAGAGGAGGAAAACGUUUAUCUCCGCAGGUAGGAAAAUCCAGUCUCUUCCACAAAGUCGCUGUGCAAGCAUAAUGCUUAAUUACCCUUGUGGUUCCUGGGCUGCCCUUUUUUAUUCUACUAGCCUGCAUAUGGGCAGAACAGAACUGAAAAUGGUUUACUCAGAAGUUGGGUGUCCUUGCUAAAGGUUUGUUUUCUUACUUGUACAAACCUUGGGGUUCUCCCUUGGCUGCUGAUACCUCCAUACUUUGUGUAGAUGGGGACAUUUUAAUUACAGAAAGAUUGACACUGGAGGAAUCAGUUCACUGUUAAUAUACAGCAGAAGGGAGGAAUGUUUUUCACCCCAAGCCAGUGAUCUUCUUUCUUGCGGUUGUUAGGGUUUUGUCUUCAGUUCUUCAGCGCAGAGUAUGUGUGGUUAGGGUCUUCUGUUCAUACAGUCAACACUAUCUCUCUUCCUCCCCCAGGCCAGAGGGCAUUGAACGGCAGUACAGAAAGAAGUGUGGAAAGUGAGUAUGACGUUACACGUAGGUAUUUUGGGAAUUUUAGCGGUGUCUUGUUUACAAUUUUAUUUGUAAACUGCUUGGAAAGUUCUUUGAUCAAGCAUUUUAUGAAACUCCUAAAUAAUUAAUUAAAAUUUAAAUUGCACACACAUACAUACAGGUACACUCUCACACACACACAAAGGGAGAGAGAGAUUCAAGCUUUUAUAACUUUGUCACAACUGGAGCAAUACCUGACCAGCCAAUGUGAUUCUAUUUUAUGUCCAAUGAAUUAGCAGAUCAUUCAUACUUUUUAUUUUCUUUUUCUCCCCAUCCCCCUACUUGUUAGGUGUGGACUUCUUCUCUUCUACCAGCACCAGCAGAAGAACGCCCCAGUAACAUUCAUUGUUGAUGGUGCUGUGGUCAAAUUUGGACAGGGCUUUGGAAAAACGAACAUCUACACCCAGAAGCAAGAGCCACCCAAGAAGGUAGGGACGUGGAUUUUGUAGAAUCAUGGCUGCUUCCAUGCUGGGAGCUCAAAACUGAGACUGUGGUUCUGAGUGCCUGGCUGUUGCUCAGCUUGAACAGUAGGAGAUGGCUGUGGCCUUCAAGCUUAGGGUUGAGAGCCAGUGUGGUGUAGUGGUUAAGAGCGGUAGUCUUGUAAUCUGGGGAACCGGGUUCGCGUCUCCGCUCCUCCACAUGCAGCUGCUGGGUGACCUUGGGCCAGUCACCUUUCAGCCCCACUCACCUCACAGAGUGUCUGUUGUGGGGGAGGAAGGGAAAGGAGAAUGCUAGCCGCUUUGAGACUCCUGAAGGGGAGUGAAAGGCAGGAUAUCAAAUCCAAACUCCUCCUCCUCCUCUUCUUCUUCUUCUUCUUCUUCUUCUUCUUCUUCUUCUUCUUCUUCUUCUUGGCAACCUUCUGGGGACAGCAUACUAGUGGUGGGCAGGACCAGAGGCAACAAAUGUGAACACUAGGCUCAUUUCAUGCACACUUGCAAAUCCCCCUCUUUUCUCUAUCCAGGCAAUCAAGAAGUAUGAUCAGAGUUCAAAUAUACUUUCUAGCGAAGCAAAAAUGCUCAAGGAGGGCUGGUGAGGGCUGUAUAAUCUGGGGAGAAUUCCAAGGUCCAGACAGAAGCACCUGGAGGACAGUCAGCUUCUGUUCUCAUGCUGUGAGACUUCACAUGAUGUAAGCAGCACCUGCUGUUUCCUGCCAGCGUGGCAACUGGUGGGGGCUGAAAUCCCAACACAGAGAUGACCCGUGCCUGGGCUAGGUGGCCCUUUGUUCUUCUCUAGAGUUCCACCAAAAGGGAAUUAAUUUCUCUUCCUGUUACUGCUACUGCCUCUAAUUCACAGCACCAAAACAGCCUCUUCUAAUUAGAGGAUAGUUGCUUCUACAUAUUCUAAGCAAUGGAUGAGGAUGAGGAAUAUGUGGCCCUUCAAAUGCUGCUGGACUUCAAAUACCAUAAUCCCCGAGUGCUAGUCAUGCUGGCUAGGGCAGAUAGGAGCUUGGAGUCCAGCAAUUUAGGGAAGGCUCCAGGUUCCUUGCCACUGUUCUAAGCCCCAAGCUGAUGCACACUUAAUUAAAAAUAUACAUGCCUUUGUUUUCAAGGUGAUGAUGACCAAACGGACGAAAGACAUGGGCAAAUUCAGUUCGGUCACAGUCUCCACCAUUGAUGAAGAGGAGGAGGAGAUUGAAGCGGUGAGUUUUCUCUCUCCUUCCCUGUGGUAGUAGGCGAAAUCUAGGCUGCAUUUCUGUAGCCAUCUUAUUUGGCCAGCUAGUUCAGAUCGGUGUGUGAGCUGGCCUCUGCAGUUGCUGGCCCUGUAAAUUGACUUUUUCCCUUUUGGGAAGAGCUCCAGUAUGGUUAACUGGUUAGAAUGUAGGAUUAUUAUUAUUUGUGAAGCACAAAAAAGUGUUUUACGCUUGAAUCAGAAGUUUAGACAGGGACUUCUUCCUAUGUCAUUUGUAACUACAAGGACACAGUGAGUAAAUUUGGUUGCAAAGUCAACAGGGAAAGAGCCAAGGAGAACAGAAAAUGCAUGCAUCACUAGCGUGGAAAAGGCUGUGCCCCAAAACACUCACACUACACUCAGGCUACACUGAUAUUGCUGAUGUUGCUCAUCCCCUUCCCAGAGUCAGUACCACCGCCCAGGCAGUCACAGCUUUCGGACUCCUUCCUUACCAUAUCAAACACAGAGUGCACUAGCUUGGCUCCAUCUGUGCAGUGGCCCUCGGCACAGUUGUUUACAGCACCACUGUGGCCAAAGACAAAGCUGUCAGGUCUGAAGAUCUGGCCAAAAGGUCCAGACCUGACUUGAGUCCGUUGCGCCAGGUUCCAAGUCAACAAGGAUUGCAUGGGAGACGUACUUGUUACCAGAUGCUUCAUUGUAGUAAAGGUAAAAGGUAAAGGACCCCUGGACGGAAGGUGACUAUGGUGUUGUGGCGCUCAUCUCGCUUUCAGGCCAAGGGAGCUGGCGUUUGUCCGCAGACAGCUUUCCAGGUCAUGUGGCCAGCAGGACUAAACCGCUUCUGGUGCAAUGGGACACCAUGAGGGAAACCAGAGCGCAUGGAAACACCGUUUACCUUUCCACCGCAGCAGUACCUAUUUAUCUACUUGCACUGGCGUGCUUUCAUACUGCUAGGUUGGCUGGAGCAGGGACAGAGCAACGGGAGCUCACCCCGUCGUAGGGAACUGAACCGCCAACCUUCUGAUUGGCAAGCCCAAGUGGUUUAGACCACAGCGGCCCUCACUGUGGUAUUCACUGAUCCUCUCUAGCUGCAGGUUUCUUUCUCUGUGGUAGCUGUCUGUGGGGUCAGUGCCGUGCUCGUUGCUGACGACCUCCCAGAAGUUCACACCAAUUGGUUGGUGCACCAGCUGGCCUGGGUGUGCACUCACACAUGGUGAUGGCUUUAUUCAAGGCCAGCCUCCACUUACUGGCCAUUUCUGCCUCUGGUACGCCCACCAGCACUGGCAGCUAGCAACAGGGAGCGCUUCUGCAAAGAUUUUGGUCAGGGAGAACCGCAUUUGAAACCUCCCACUCCGCCACAAAGAUAUGCUGCUUCUCAGUCUCAGCUGCCUCUGAGGGGUAGAGAAAGGAGGCACCAUGAAUACAUACCGUGCAUGUCAUACACCCUUGCAAAUAAGCCUGCAACAGUAACUAGCCUCCUGAAAGACUACUAGCCUAUGUUUCCAUGCCGGCUGCAGAGAAAGGGAAGCUGUUGCAGGUGCAACUGCCAGCAAAGUGGGCUGAAUUCCAGGUACUAGCCCCACUCCUUUGCCUCAGAGGACAGCAGUGGGAGCUGUUGCCUGGCAUUAGCAAAGUGACUUAAAUAACCCAGAUGGCCUCCAGAGAAAAAAGUCUUGAUAAACACGUUACUGAGGAAACUGAGCAAAAACAGUGCAUACUCCAAGGAGAAAGGAAUAGGGAGGUUUUGUCUUUCCUUCGCUGACGCCUUGUAUAUAGCUGGGAGACAUUCAACUAAACAUGCAGAGGAAAAGCGCCCUCAGAACUACACAGCCAAUCAGGCUCCUUUCUACCUCUGUGAAGAUCAUGCCACUCUGUCUGGUUGCUAAGCAGUGGCUUACCCAUCCUCCCCUUGGUUGGUUGACUUUAACAAUAACAGAAUUAACCCUUGUCGCAAACUGAAUGAACCCUGCUUUGCGCUUCCAACACCUAGUAGGCGGAGACCAAAAGGAAACACCAGGGGAAGGCCAAGGAUGAGGUCCGGCAAUACCAAGUGCAUCAUGAUAUUUCUCUUCCUGAUGCCCCUGAGCUUUUUGCUGUGAUAACUGUAUGCAAGCUGCCCCGAGAGCCUCUUAGAUAGAAAGGGCGACAUAAGCACUAUAAAUUAAUGCUAAUCUCUUGCGAAAGAAACUGCCUUCUACUGAGUGGGCUGCCAGAAGAGUAACAAGGCGAACAAUCCCUCCACCAUGAAGCCCACUCAUUCUCAUGCAUAGAAUUCUUGGUCACCUAUGGCAAGGAGGCGAGCUGUUUAAUAUAAGGCUGGUGUCAUACUAUAUACACAUGAAAGCCACUUUGCAGCUGGUGAGGAAGGGUAAGGAAGCAUCUCUUGAAGAGCCACAAGCCCAUGGAACUAUUCUUAGCAUAUCUAAAACAGAAAUAGAUAUCACUGAAUCAUAGAGUUGGAAGGGACCCAGGGGUCAUCCAGUCCAACCCCUGCAGUGCAGGAAUCUCAGGUAAAGCAUCCACAACAGAUGGUCAUCCAACCUCUGCUUAAAAACCUCCAAGGAAGGAGAGUCCACAACCUCCCAAGGGAGACUGUUCCACUAUCUUAGGCUGCUCUCUGCAGAGGGUGGUUUCUCAUAGGCUGAGCAUUCAAGUCUCAUCCUCUGUAGCCUCAAAUGGUACAGCCAAACAAAAGUAUAUGUAUAUGAGGGUAUAUGUAUCGGCUUCCAAUGGAAAUCAAGGCACCAGAAAGGGAUUGUUAAGUUAGCAGUUGAGGAGUUUAAAUACCUUCCCAAAAUAGAUGGUGGGGUAGGGAGAAAAGUGUAAUGCCACUUCCUUAACCUGCAAUGUCUUUUUAAUAACUUUUUCUGGUGCAGAGUACUACUAAGAGUUGGACUUUGUGUUAACUUCCCUAACUCUCAUGUGUUUUUCCAGCGAGAAAUUGCUGAUUCGUAUGCACAGAACGCCAAAGUGAUUGAGAAGCAGCUGGAGCGGAAGGGCAUGAGCAAGAGAAGGCUGCAGGAGCUGGUGAGUUGUUGUCCUCUCUCUCUCUCUCUCUCUCUCUCUCUCUCUCUCUCUCUCUCCUUCCUUCCCAAUUAAUGAAUGGGCUAGAUGCAAUCAUUUUCUUUAUAUGCUAGUAAGAUUCAGCUCACUGGCUACUUUCAGACAAUCACAUUUUAGCUUAGGGCUUAUCCACACUUACCUUUCUCUGCUUUUCUCAGUAACGACCCACAAUUUAAAGCUCCACAUGCAAGCAAACACACACCCUGCUUUGGGAGUUUUUUUUGCUCCAGAACUUUCCAUGUGAAAAACUUCUCUUUAAAGCUCCAUUGGAGCAAACGUCAAUCGGUGGAAAACCCAAAUUGACAUUUGCUCCGAUUCAGCUUUAAAGAGCAGGUUUUUCUGGGGGAAACUUGGGGCAAAAGGAAAAAUAAGAUGCUCAGACACGGAGCGUUAAAGCGUGGACAUGUGCCUGGAAAGCGCAGGGCAAAAGGUAAGAGGGGAUAAUCCCUUAGUUAGCUAAGACAGGAACAAGCCUUCUGACUGCACAAGUGAGAAAACUGUUAGAAUCCCUCCCAGUCCAGACUCAGGGGUGGGGAAACAUUUCCAACCAGCAGACUGGAUCCUGGGGUAACCACCUCCAUGUCACAAUGGCAUCAGGUGACCCAGUGUUCUUUUGUAGUGUAGCUUGAGUUGAAGUCACUUCCUACAAAGGAAGUUCCCUGUUGAUCUAAGCGGGGCUUGAAAUCAUCGCUAAUCAGCUAAUAGGUACUGGCUUCCAGCAGGGGUCAGCUGCAGCACAGAAUUCCACAUUAGCAAGUUGUCCUGUUCCAGUGCUGUUAAAGACAUUUUCCUACUCUAGGCAGAAAAAAAGGGAAACUACAGUUAAUUGAAUAUUUCCUGGUAUAUUCUCUCCUUCUGCACAAGGAGGAGUGGUGGGGCUGUGUGUGCUCCCACAAAGCUUAUUAAGCUGAGAUAUGGUCAUCCAAAGAAACACAUUUUCCCUCUUUUAACAGCACAUCUUACAAGUGCAGACAGGCAUGAUAAACUCUACAGAUAUUUUUGUGCCACCAGUAUAUUGCGAAGCAUUUGUUCUAGAAAAGCACUGAACUGUUUUAUCAAGAAAGGAAUGGAAUAGUGUCUUCCUGGAGCUAGCUGUCUGGGCUGGGUAAUAUUCAGACCAUUACAGCAGGUUUAGGGAAACAUGUUUCAUCUCAAGGGCGAGUGAGAGGGGUCGGUGUGUCUGGAGGGAGCUCUGAGACCUAGAUAGAGAGGCAUGAAAUAUCUGGAAUUGCUCGUGGUAUAUCCAGCCAUGGUGGUAUGUCAGAUCAUGAAGAAAUGUGAUUAGUGGCCAGUGAAGUGAAUAUUCAGGAGCUCAAUAUAUUAUUGAUCUAAGGAUACUUGGUUAAGCUGCUGAGGAACUUGCUAUUCCCUGGAAUACAAUUUGAAAACUAGCACACUGGGAGGUAACAUUCCUCUAGUCUUUUGUCUGUGUUUCUGAAGCACCAACAUAGUAAUUAACACUGGAUUUAGGGAUAUUCCAAGAAUAUUUAAUAAAAUUUUACCCUUUAAUUUUUUUAAAAUUUUGUUUUAAUCAGGCUGAGCUGGAAGCAAAGAAGGCCAAAAUGAAAGGGACUCUUAUUGAUAACCAGUUCAAAUAAGGAGCAUCGAUAUAGAGGACUAGCCAAGAAAUGUCAUUUAGGAAGCAGGGACAGGGGAAAACACAAUACCCCUUCGUCCUUUUUUAAUCUGCCCUAUGAAAUCACUAAUUUGCUUCGUUGAUUCUACCAUGGAAGAUGGAACUGCUCCAUUGUUUUUAUGGAUUUUGCAUUUUAUUCCGCACUGCACACCAUGUUUUUAAUGUAUUCGGAAACUUUUUGAGUUAUACUUCCAUUGAAUUUUACUUCCAUUGAAUUUUACUUCUUCCACUGCAGAGCUGAGAGGUAUUAGUUUGCCUCUGUUGUGCAGUGUUUUUAAAUUUUUAUAAUCUUCAUAUGUACGUAGAAAUUUUACAUAUUGUAAGCAUUGUGUUGCCGAGGCAGAAACAAUGUGUACAGAGAAAUAAACCCCUAACAAGUUGUUUUUAUGUGGCUUAUCAUUUCCCACCCACCCAUGUC